GGUCAACAAAAAGAGAGAAGGUUGCUGAUGAUGGGCCAAUAACUGAGAAAAAGAUUGUGAGGUAAAGGAGCAGGGAUUAUGUAGAUAGGACGCACUGCCCAGCUCGCAUGAUUAUGAGGAAGACAUCCCUUGGACACUGGGAGGUUGUGAACUUUGAAAGGGAGCACAACCAUGAGCGUUUAAGAAAAUUCUCGCUCACAAAAUAUUUGAAGUCCCACAGAGACAUACUAGCUGAAGAGAAAGAGUUCAUCAAGUUGCUCAAUGGAUGCUGCAUCAUGACAACUCGUGCUUACCAGAUAAUGGCUGAGUUGUAUGGAGGUAUUGAAAAAUUGUCCAUACACAGAAGGUGAUUCUGAAAGUUUGCUUGUUGAGUACCGCACUGAAUAUAGAGGCAAAGAUAUGAAGGCGACGCUUGAGUACUUUGAGGAAUUGAAGAAGGAAGAUCCAGAAUUCUAUUAUAGUUACACUCUUGAUGAGUUUGAUAGGGUUGAGAAUCUGUUUUGGGUGGAUGGUGCAGCAAGGAGAUUUUAUGAGCUGUAUAGUGAUUGUUUGUCCUUUGACACUACUUAUUUGACCAAUGCCUACAACAUGCCAUGUGCUCCUUUCAUAGGGAUUGACAGGAAUGGCAUAACAAUCCAGCUGGGUUGCGGGUUUCUGAGGAAUGAGAAGACUAAGGGUUUUGUCUGGCUGUUUACUAAAUUCAAGAAAGCAAUGGGCGGCAAGGAUCCUACAAAUAUAAUAACUGAUCAAGAUAUUGCGAUGAAGGCUGCUAUCGUAGAGGUAUUUGUUAGUUCAGUUCAUAGGAAUUGCCGUUGGCACAUUAUGGAAAAUGCUAGGAAGACCAUGGGUGCUUUCUUGGAUAGCAAGGGGGAUGGUAAGGAAGAGUUGGCGGAUGACUUCAAGGAUUGUAUUGACAAUAGCUUCACGCCGGCAGAGUUUGAGCAGAAGUGGCAGGCAUUUCUGGAUAAAUAUGAGCUCAACAAUGAUGAGAGGUUCCAACAUGUGUAUGACAUGAGACAUUGUUGGAUCCCUACGUAUUUCAUGCAUUGUUUCUUCCCCUUCCUCCAAACAACAGCACGGAGUGAAGGCUUUAAUGCUGUCCUGAAGCGCUAUGUCAACCCAAAGAACUCGAUACUCAACUUUGUGCAGCAAUAUAAGAAGAUACAACAAAGGAUUUUCAGCAAGCAAGAUUUGCAAGAGGCGGCCACAGCCACGAAGCUAAGUUCGAGCUACUAUGUUGUUCGUGUUGAAGGGGAUGACUUAAUAGAUGUUGUUCCAUACAAGCGUUGCCCCGAUCUGUUGUAUGGGACAUGGACAUUCAGGGUCACGUCGUCCAGGGUGGAGGGCUUGUACAGCUGUACUUGUUGCAAGUUUGAGAGAGAUGGAGUGCUUUGCUGCCACAUAUUGAAGGUUUUUGACGCCCUUGCAGUCCGCGAGGUGCCUGAUCGGUACAUUCUCCCUCGAUGGUCAGUUGAGCCAGUGGUUGAUAGUGGGGUAGAAGUUGCUGCUAACGAGCCUCUUCAAGAAGCCCAUAUUACAGACCACGGGAAGCAUGUUAUACGUUACAGCAGGAUGUGCACAAACUUUAAUAAGAUUGUGAGACCUUUUAUGGCUGAUGACGAGGGGUAUGGCAUAGUCUCAAAACAAGCUCGCAUGCUGCUGGUGCUGAGAUAA